AUGAAUUUCUACGUCCCACUUCCCAACCCCAGCAAUUUUAACCACAUUACAGCCAGGCCGCCAAAGAAUUGGGGGUUUGCAGCCAGCAAUGCUCCCGAGCCUGUGGAUAUUGAGAUGCCCGAUGCUCCUCCUUUGAAGAAUGCAGGCGUCGAAUCAGACCAUGAUGUUAUCAUGGGAGGGACCUCGGACAGCGAGGACCCUAUGGGGUCUUGGUCUGACUCGGAUACUUCCAUGGGAGGCAUGUCAGACUCAGACAUCUCAGUGAAGAGCUGGUCUGAUUCAGAGUCCUCAGACGCAGAAGCGUCCGAUCCAGAUAGUCCCAAGAUAGCACGAACUGGCCCAGAGGGGUCGAGCAAGAAACGAAUGGCUGCCUCAGAAACCCCUGUCGAUGCCGACGAGCCCUCGGCAGAUCCAGAUUACGUGCCAUCCGACGACGAUGCAGAUAAGUCCCCGUCGCAGCCCAUGGGCUCUCGUCGGCAAAGCAAGUCAACCUAA